CCUCUUCCGGCCCAGCUCUUCCUCCUAGCGGACUCUGCAGGCCCAGACCGUCAUGAUGUCGGCCUCUCCAGGGCCAGCUCCUGCCUCCCGGAGGCCUCUGCAGGCCCAAGUCGUCCUCAAGUCCGCCUCCCCCCGCCCAGCUCCGGCCGCUCGGCGGCCUCUCCAGGUGCAAAAGUUCCUCGAGUCAGCCUCUCCAGGUCCAGCUCUUCCUGCCUCCCAGUGGCCUCUAUCGGCCCAGCCCAGAUCAUGCCUCUCGGCGGCCUUCCCAGACCCUGCUUUUCACUUCGGCCACCUCUUCAAGGCGCAGAACUUCACGUCCAUCGGCCUUUCCAGGCCCGGCCUCCUGCCUCCCGAAGGUCUGCACAGGCCCAGCCUCUGCCUCACAGCGAACUCUCCAUGCCCAGCCAGCUCUUGGCUCACUGCGGCCUGCCCAUUCCAAAGCUCCCGCCUCUCUGCCGCUUCGGCAGGCCCAGCUCCCGCCUGCCAGUGGCCUCUUCAGGCCCAUGGGGCUCAUUCCUCACAACGGCCUUUCCAGGCCCAGUUUCUCCCUUCCGGCGGCCUCCCUGGGCCCAGAACCUCCUCAAGUCGGCCUCUCCAGACCCACUUGCCGCCUCCCAGCGUCCUGUGCGGGCCCAGCUCUUCCUCCCGGCUGCGUCUCCAGGCCCAACUCCUGCCUCCCAACAACCUCUUUGGACUCAGCUCCUGCCCAGCUCCUGGCGGCCUUGGUAGGCCCACAGCUUCCUCAAGCCAAGCUCCCCAGGCCCAGCUCAAGCCUCACGGUGGCCUCUCCAGGCUCAGCUGCUGCCCUCUGACUGCGUCUCCAGGUCCCAAGCGGCCUCCGGUCGGUGGGCUCCUCUGGGCCCAGCUUGGGUCUCCCGGCGACCUCUGCAGGCCCAAGUCGUCCUGAAGUCGGCCUCUCCAGGCCCAGCUCCGGACUCCCGGCGGCCUCUCCAGACGCAACGCGUGCUCAACGAGGGCUCCACCAUGGUCAACCUCUGCCUCCUGCAUGGCGGCCUCUAGGCCCAGCUGUGCCUCCUGGCUGCGUCUCCAGGCCCAGCUCCUGCCUCCCAGCAAGCAACCUCUUUUGGCUCAGCUCCUGCCCAGCUCCCGCCGGCCUUUGUAGACAGGCCAUGAACUUUCUCCAGCCAAGCUCUUCAGGCCCACCUCCUGUCUCCCGGUGUCUUGUAGAGGCCCAGCUCUGGCUAGAGAACAGCCUCUGCGGGCCCCGCUCUUGCCUCCCAGGGGCCUCUCCG